UCAGGGUUGUUGAUUCACGUGUGACGGGGAGAAGAGAUCUGUCGAAAUUGUGUGUUCAAAUUUGUAAAGAAACGUUGUUAAGUUAAAGCGUUUGACAAAUAACAGCGUUUGUUUUCUAUCAGUUCAUAUUAGGAGCGUAGAAUUGCGCAGAUUUCGCGUUGUGAUGGCCGCUGUUGACAGCUUCCAGCUCUUGUAUAGAGAAAUUGCCAGAUCGUGCAAUUGUUAUGUUGAAACACUGGCACUUGUAGGCGCGUGUUACACAGCUAGCAGGGCUGUGAUUUUUAUGAGAGACUGUUGUCGUUUGAUAAGGCUUCAUUUCAUCCCUCGUCUUGUAUACCGCAGGGAUCUUAGGAAGCGGUAUGGAGAAUGGGCUGUCAUUUGUGGUGCUUCAGGGGCAAUAGCUAAAGCAUACGCAGCAGAACUGGCUAAACGUGGCAUCUGCGUGAUUCUGAUCAGCAGUGACGUCAACAAUGUGGCUGACACCGUCAGAUCUAUCGCAGACACUUACGGGGUUGAGACCAUAUUGAUCGAAGCUGACUUUAGCCAGGGACCCUCUGCCUGUAAACCUUUAAAAGAUGCCAUGCUCGGUAAAGAUAUUGGAUUCCUUAUAAACAGUCUGGAUGGGUCUCUGGAUUUCUGUAGAGACUUCCUAAACCUGUCUGAAGCUGAAAUGUGGGACACUCUUAACAAAAAUAUAGUUGGGGCUACCCUUGUCACCCGUCUGGUUCUGCCCACCAUGGUAGAGAGGGGAAAUGGUGCGGUGGUGAACAUUUCUAACGGAAGGUGCUUCCGUCCCGCUUAUGGACGGGUUGCACUCUCAGCAUCAACGGCUUUUCUCAAUAACUUCAGUAGGGCUCUGCACUAUGAAUACGGACAUCGAGGAAUCUUUGUGCAGAGUUUGCUACCUUUUAGAGUUGCAUCCCAAGCACCAGAGGACUACGCUACAGCUGGCUGGUUCGUUCCAAGUCCGCAAGUGUAUGCAAGCCACGCUCUUUCAACCCUGGGCAUAUCUCACAGAACCACAGGAUACUGGCCUCACACCCUCCAGUUUCGGCUGGUGCAAUGCUUGCCAGAGUGGGUGUGGAUGCUGGGCACGCGCGUGUUGACAAGGGCCACUUGAGAAGGCUCCUACCCCCUCGACUUCCUGGUUCUUGAGAUUUUAUUAGAUAUUUCAGGUUCAUAUAGAACAAACGUUUUAAGCCCAUUCAUUAUACAUGAUUGAUGGAAGUGUGACGCUGAAAAUGCUGUGUUUCAUCUCUGAUUUUCAGUUUAUUUGCACAGUCGUUUUCGUAGGUGGUUUGAGCGAUAACGCUUGGAUUGUUUCAAUAGAUAUUUUUGCACUAUUGUUUUUUUGAUACUUUAAUCCACACUUGGCAAAGAUCAUAUAUUUAGAAAGUAAGAUAUUUUGUAAAUAUGGUAUUUAUUUCAACUACUAGGGUUUUUCAGUAUACUGGUGAUACUUGAUGUUACUUAAUUAUGUAAACAAGGUUUGGUAUCUAUUUACCACCAUAAUACAUCAAUAAAGAGCUUCUGUGCCAAAAA